AUGGCUGUAUCUAGCGCCCUAGGCUUCAUCUUCCUUGAAGGCCUUCUUGCAAUUUCUUUAACAAGUUCUCGUAUAUAUGUUGUCGUCAGGGAUGUUCAUCUACCAGUUUCGUUUAUCAAAAAGUACCUUGUGCGAAAACUGGAGCUUGAUACGGAAGAUGAGGUGGAGAUUACUCUGCGAGGUCAGCCACUCGUUCCCACCUUGCAGCUGAAUAAAUUGAUAGAGGUGUGGUCACAGACAGCAUCGACAUCAGAAAGAAUGAGGGCAUAUGUGGGCAGCUCAGCCAAGGAUUUUGUGAUGGUUCUGUCAUAUGGUCGCAAGGCUUAG